ACUUGUACCAAACUACCAUGCCGUACAAGUCGUUAGAAAUUCAUUAGACUCAGAAAAUUCGUGUCUUCUCUUCUCCGUAACAAAAUCAGCUGAGGUUAGAGCGGAGUCAAUGGAGGAGCCAAAGGUUGUACCUUUAAGUACAAGCACUACAGAGGCUCCCAAGGACCGCCCCGUUCGAGUUUAUGCUGACGGCAUCUACGAUCUCUUUCACUUUGGCCAUGCUGGCGCUCUGGAACAAGCCAAAAAGCUGUUUCCAAAUACUUAUUUGCUUGUUGGGUGCAAUAAUGAUGAAGAUACUCACAAAUACAAGGGGAAAACUGUCAUGACUGAUGAGGAGCGGUACGAGUCACUUCGCCACUGCAGGUGGGUUGAUGAAGUUAUCCCUGAUGCGCCCUGGGUGGUCACCCAAGAGUUUCUUGACAAACAUCAGAUUGACUACGUGGCACACGACUCUCUUCCUUAUGUUGAUGCAAGUGGUGCUGGAAAGGACGUCUAUGAAUUUGUGAAGUCUGUUGGGAAAUUCAAGGAAACAAAACGGACUGAUGGCAUCUCUACAUCAGACAUUAUAAUGAGGAUUGUUAAAGACUACAACCAAUAUGUGAUGCGUAAUUUGGACCGUGGAUAUACAAGAAAGGAUUUAGGUGUUAGCUAUGUUAAGGAAAAGCGGCUGAGAAUGAAUAUGGGGCUUAAAAAGUUACAAGAGAAAGUUAAGAAACAACAAGAAAAAGUGGGAGAGAAGAUACAAAUUGUGGUGAAAACGGCUGGUAUGCAUCGCAAUGAAUGGGUAGAGAAUGCUGACCGAUUGGUUGCUGGAUUUCUUGAGAUGUUCGAAGAACGUUUCCAUAAAAUGGGAACGGCCAUUAGAGAUCGGAUUCAAGAGCGAUUAAGAGGGCAGCAGUUAAUUGGGUUCAUAUGUGACAGAGAUGAUGAAGAUGAUGCAUACUACUACAAUGACAGUGAUGAAGAAGAAGAAAAAUUAUGACGAAGAAGGUGACUUCAUAAAAACUUGAAAAAUUCUCGAAGUGUUGCAUCUUUACCAAGUCUUUAGUAAUAUUUUUAUAUGCAGUGCUAAUGGUUUUUAGCAUUGCAUAUUAUACAAUAAGUAAAAUAUUUCAACAGAACCAUGUAGUAAAACAUGCUGAAGCCAACUAGUUUGUUUAUCAUAA